AUGCCACCGGUGCGGCCCCUGCAGCUCCACACCCUCCAGAGCUGGAGGUACAGGACACAGUGACCUUGGAGUUACACUGAUUCUUUCCAGGAGUAGGAUGUUGUGGAGAGGUUCAAAUGGAGUCAAGGCAUCCCGUUUGGAGCUGCCACAUCCUAUGUACAUCUAGAGAAGCUGUGUGAAGGAUCCUGUGCAACUGUGUACAAGGGGAUCAGCAGGAUCAACAGCCAGUUGGUGGCACUGAAAGUGAUCAAGCUGGAGGCAGAGGAGGGAGUGCCCUUUACAGCGAUUCGGGAAGCUUCUCUUCUCAAGUGUUUGAAACAUGCCAACAUUGUACUGCUUCAUGACAUUAUCCAGACCAAGGAGACACUAACAUUUGUCUUAGAGUACAUGCACACAGAUCUAGCACAGUACAUGGGCCAGCAUCCUGGAGGACUCCAUUCAUGCAAUGUUAUGCUCUUCAUGUUCCAGCUUUUGCGUGGCCUGGCUUACAUCCACCAACAACACAUUCUUCACCGAGAUCUGAAACCCCAGAACUUGCUCAUCAGUUGCCUGGGUGAGCUCAAAUUAGCCGACUUUGGCCUUGCUCGUGCCCAGUCCAUCCCCAGACAGACAUACUCCUCUGAAGUUGUGACACUCUGGUACCGUCCUCCUGAUGUGUUGCUUGGAGCUACAGCUUAUUCUUCUGAUAUAGAUAUCUGGAGUGCAGGCUGUAUAUUUGUGGAAAUGUUCCAAGGUCAGCCAAUAUUUGCAGCAACUUCUGGUACUCGUGAACAGCUGGAGAAGAUCUGGGAGGUAUUGGGAGUCCCAACUGAAGACACCUGGCCAGGGUUUUCCAAGCUCCGCAAAUAUAAGCCAGAACUGGUUGCUUCCAGGAGACCUCAGAGACUCCAAGUCAUCUGUGACAGGAUGAGCAGGGUGCCAGCAGCAGAGAAUUUGGCCUCUAGGAUGCUCACAGCCUUCCCUCGAGACCGAAUCUCUGCACAAGAGGCGCUUCUUCAUGGCUUCUUCAGCCCCCUGCCUCCUCAGCUCUAUCAGGUUCCUGCUGGACAAUCAGUGCUCACAGUUCCAGGGGUGAGACUGCAACCUGAAACCUGUGACCUGUUUGUUUCUUACCGAAAAGGCCGUGUCUCAGGAGAAAGCAAUGUCAGAAGGAUUGACUUGGCAACGAAGAUGUAA